UUUCUCCCCUUUUAACUCCAUUAAAUGAAUCCAAAAGUCUACUACAAUGAUUAUAAAUCAAAGCGCACUUGAGCACAGUGUUAGAGUGAGUUAGAAAGUUGAGUGAGAGAAGGUACAGUGCAGUCAUCUUUUCCACUCAAUUUUUCUCCAAAAUGCAGCUCUCCAACUUCUAAUUCCAUGUUCAUUCUUAGAUUUUAGCAAAGCUAACCUUUCAAAUCACUUAAAAUCCCAGGAAAUAACCAACUUAUCACAGUACUGUUCUUCGGAAACAAUGUUGCCCAGCAACUACAUUGCCCUAUUCUUUCUCCUGAGCUCAUUUGCUCCACUUGGUAAAGCAACAUUCAACCUCACCUUUCCCACCCCACAUCCCAACCCUGAUGAAGUUGUUCAAGAUGUUCAAAGGAGAGUAAAUGCUUCCAUGUCAAGAAGGCAAACCCUCCAAAUUUCCCAAAAAGACCAAUCCAAUUGCCUAACUGGCAACCCCAUAGAUGACUGCUGGAAAUGUGACCCUGACUGGUCUAACAACCGUCAGCGGCUAGCGGACUGUGCCAUAGGGUUUGGCCAGUACGCCCUUGGAGGCAAAGGUGGUGAGUAUUACAUCGUGACAGAUUCAUCUGAUGAUGAUGCUGUUACUCCAAAGCCUGGAACUCUUAGAUAUGCUGUGAUUCAGACAGAGCCGCUAUGGAUUGUGUUCCCAAGUAACAUGCUCAUUAAGCUCAAGCAAGAGCUCAUAUUUAAUAGCUACAAGACUUUGGAUGGACGUGGGGCUAAUGUGCACAUUGUGGGUGGUGGGUGCAUUACUCUGCAGUAUAUCAGCAAUGUCAUUAUUCACAAUAUACACAUUCAUCACUGUGUUCAAUCAGGUGAGGCUAAUGUGCGGUCUAGCCCAACCCAUUAUGGCUGGCGAACAGAGUCAGACGGUGAUGGGAUCUCCAUCUUUGGCUCCAAGGACCUCUGGAUAGAUCAUUGCUCCCUGUCCCACUGCAAGGAUGGCCUGAUUGAUGCAGUGAUGGGAUCAACAGGGAUCACAAUAUCAAACAAUUUUUUCUCCCAUCACAAUGAGGUGAUGCUGUUGGGUCACAGCGAUGACUAUAAGCCUGACUCUGGCAUGCAAGUGACCAUUGCCUUUAAUCACUUCGGUGAAAAAUUGGUUCAAAGAAUGCCUAGAUGCAGACGAGGAUAUAUACAUGUGGUGAACAAUGAUUUCACGCAAUGGGAAAUGUAUGCCAUUGGAGGUAGUGGUAACCCUACCAUUAACAGCCAAGGGAAUCGUUACACUGCUCCUUCUAACUCUAAUGCCAAGGAGGUUACAAAACGGGUUGACACAGCAGAAGGAGAUUGGAGGGACUGGAAUUGGAGAUCGGAGGGUGAUAUAAUGGUCAAUGGAGCCUUCUUCGUGGCAUCAGGUGAAGGAGUUGAGGUCAAGUAUGAGAAAGCUUACAGCGUUGAGCCCAAAUCUGCUGUUCUCAUUGACCAGCUCACUAUGCACUCUGGUGUUCUCGGAGUUGGCGGCAGGGACAACAACUUGGGAAAGUGGAGCAGUGGAGCCAACGGUGGUGGAGCCGGUUUCAGCUCAGGCGAAGACGACGGCGACGACGACUACUCAGAUGAAAUGUCAGGAAGCAACGUGCCACUAUCACCACCCUUUUCUAACCGUGCCCUUUUCUCUCUUUUUAAUGCAAUGUCAAGCUUUUUAUUGUUGUACACUAUACCCCUAUCAUCCAUGUUAUAACAACAGGACAAGUUAAUGACUUUGUUUCCUUUUUGGUUCUACCAGCUUACAAAAAAAGGCUGGUGUUUGAUUAUCAGAAAUUAACUUCCAUCA